AUGGAAAUAGGUAGACAACCCAUAAGUGAAGCUUUAUUUAAUAAACUAUGGUUGAUAUUAUACAGAGAAUUAUGUGAUCUAUACACCACUAAACAAUGUGAUGCAACUACUGUUUAUAAUACAGUUUACGCAAUCUGUACUAAUUCAAAUAUAAAAGAAAACAAACUUGAAAACAAGCUUUAUUGGAAAAUUGGUGAUUUUAUGUGGAAUAGAUGUAAAGAAAUUUACACCGAUAUACUUGAAUGUUUUAGAAGACAUAUUGACUACCUAGAUAAAGAUGAUUUUAUAAAUUUCUAUAAUCAUAAAUUUAAUAACUACAUUAACCUAGUAGAAUGUAUCAAUAAUCUUUCAAUUUUUCUUAAUGAAUGUGUAAAGGGAAAAUCAAUUAGAGAUUUUGGAUACAUUUUGUGGGAGAAGGGGGUUAUUCAGGAAUUAGCAGAAUCUAAUAUUGAUGUAUUUUUAAUUGCCUUUAGUAGUAAUGAUCAUAAUAGAGUUGUGUUUAUAAAUAAUUUAACAUACAUAGUACCAGUAGAGGAAGAAAAAUUACUUUAUUAUGAAAAGAAAUAUGAAAACAUAGCUAUAGCCAACCUCAUCAGUAAAUAUUCACAGGUUGUUUUUGAGACUCAUUUAGUAGAAUUAGGCAGCAUGAUAGAAAGUAUGGUAUGUGAUGUUUAUAAGUCAUUUAAUAAUUAUUUUUUGGAAAGUAGUAUAGAUAAAGUAAAUGAAACUUUAGAGAGAAUUAUUAUAGAAGGUAGAAUUUAUGACAUAGUUAAUGGUUAUAUUACAUUACUUUUUAAUGAAUAUAAAUGUAAAAAUAAUUACAAUAUCUCUAUAAAAGCAGGAUCAUUAGCAAAGUAUAAUUUAAAAGAAGGUUUAAAUAAGUUUACAGAAGAAUUUUAUAAGAAUGAAAUAUUUAAAGAAGCAAAAACAUUAAUUGAACAACAAAUUAAUGAGGAUUUAAAUGUAACUAAGUCUGAUAAUAUGUCUUUAAAUUUCUUUAAUCAAAUGGGAGUAUUAAAAAAUAUAAGAUCAAUUUUAUUAAAAGCGUAUUGUAUUUUUAUUGAUCAAAUACUUAAAGGAUCAUCGGAUAAGAUUAGUGGGAGUUUGGAACAAGUUGAAAAGGUCUGGGAUAGAAUAAGAUUAGUUGAUGAUAAUAUUGCACAUUUCCUCUUAAAAAAGCAUCUGUUGACAAUAAGACCUUGUUAUAUAAGUAGAUUUGUAGAUUUUACAAACCAAAUUGCCCGUGAAUCUAAUAAUAAAAAUAACAACGUUUACAAAAUGAAGUUUUUUAGAAAGAUGUUUAAUUUAGUUGAUGAUAAGAAUGAAUUUUAUAGUGUUUAUCAAAGAGUAUGUAUGGAUAGAAUUUUAAAUAAGAUCAGUCAACCAAAAAUGGAAAUUAACUUAAUCAAUAGUCUUAAUCUUACUGAUGACAAUAAAUUGAUAAGAAUGAUAAGAGAUUUGGAAAAUAGUACACCUAACUUUCUAAUGUUAGAUGGAAGAUAUUGGGAUUUAGAAGAAAAGUGUGGUGCGGUUAUACUACCAAGUAGAUUUUUUAAUUUUAUUAAGAAAGAAUUUCCACAAUUCAAAUUAACAGUAAAAAACAUGACGUAUCAAAAUGUGUCUAAAGGAAUUGUAAGGAAUGUAAAGUUUGUUCACAAACUAUGUAAAAUGUGUAUAAGAUUGUUUAAAAUAACUUACAUGGUCAAUAUUUACCAAUACAUUGUAUUAGAACUGAUAAAUAAAAAUUAUACGAAAAAAGAAGAAAUUAUGCUUCAAAGUGGAAUAGAAGAUUCUAUUUUAGAGUUAAUUCUAAACUCAUUAAUAACUAACGAUGUUAUCCGACUUAAAGAAGAUAAAUACAGUUUUAAAGAAAAUAAUAAAAAAGUAGGUGUAGUGUAUGAUUUAAGAAUAGAAUGGGAAGAUGAAUUCAAUAAAGAAGUUGAUAUUCCAUCAUAUCAUCAAGCACUAGCAGUAAAUCAAUUAAAAACUCAUAAAAAAAUUAAUCAAUUAGAUUUAUUUAAGAAAAUAAAAAAGCUCACAAAAUAUAAAUGCACCUCUGAGUGUUUUAACAACCUUAUAAAGUGUUUAGAAGAUAAAGGAUUAUGUGAAAUCAACACAGAUUCAAUUACAUACAUUGAAUAA